ACGACCACGAUCCACAAAUCAAGCCCUCCAAAAUCACCCAAAUGAGCUCGUACUUUGUAAACUCCUUCUCGGGGCGUUAUCCAAAUGGCCCGGACUAUCAGUUGCUAAAUUAUGGCAGUGGCAGCUCUCUGAGCGGCUCUUACAGGGAUCCCGCUGCCAUGCACACCGGCUCUUACGGCUACAAUUACAAUGGGAUGGACCUCAGCGUCAACCGCUCCUCGGCCUCCUCCAGCCACUUUGGGGCGGUGGGCGAGAGCUCGCGCGCCUUCUCUGCGCCCGCCCAGGAGCCCCGCUUCAGGCAAGCGGCGUCGAGCUGCUCCCUGUCCUCGCCCGAGUCCCUGCCCUGCACCAACGGCGACAGCCACGGCGCCAAGCCCUCUGCUUCGUCCCCCUCCGACCAGGCGACCCCGGCCAGCUCCAGCGCCAAUUUCACCGAAAUAGACGAGGCCAGCGCGUCCUCGGAGCCUGAGGAAGCGGCGAGCCAGCUAAGCAGCCCAAGCCUAGCUCGGGCUCAGCCAGAGCCCAUGGCCACCUCCACAGCCGCGCCCGAGGGGCAGACUCCGCAGAUAUUCCCCUGGAUGAGGAAGCUUCACAUCAGCCAUGAUAUGACCGGGCCAGACGGGAAAAGGGCCCGGACCGCGUAUACCCGCUACCAGACCCUGGAGCUGGAGAAGGAGUUCCACUUCAACCGCUACCUGACGCGGCGGCGGCGCAUCGAGAUCGCCCACGCGCUCUGCCUGUCCGAGCGCCAGAUCAAGAUCUGGUUCCAGAACCGGCGCAUGAAGUGGAAGAAAGACAACAAACUGAAAAGUAUGAGCCUGGCUACAGCCGGCAGCGCCUUCCAGCCCUGA